CAGUGCUCCUGGUCUGCCAAACUGGCUGCUAACAGCUGAACAUACUGAGGACUGACUGAGCACAAUAUAGCACCAAGCCACUGUGUGUGUGUGUGUGUGUGUGUCUGUCUGUGAGAGAGAGAGAGAGAGAGAGAGAGAGAGAGAGAGAGAGAGAGAGAGAGCAACAACAGCACCGUCAAGGAGACGCAGAAAUACUCUUCCCCCCCAAAUCCCAAACUCUGCAGAGAGAGAGAAGAGAAAGAAGCAGCAGAGACAAACAAAAGCAUUCUUGGCUUUCAGUUUAAAAGGAGAAGAAGAAGAAGAAAGUGAACAAUAGGUCCGGCGAGAUCAUUUACUUGAGAUACAAAUUCAAGGAGAAAGGCGUGACAGGACUCGGGACUCGGGCUCAUCAUCCCCUAAAACGGCUCCAGGUCCAGAGUGAGGAUUGUAGCGCAGCACUGCAUGAAGGAUACAUACAUCUGGGAGAAGAAACAAGCUGCAACAGGAUGAGAGCGACUAUGAGGAUCACGUGGCUGCUGCUGUCUCUCAGCUUCCUCUUUCAUAGCGUUUGUUCAGAGGAAGGUCAGUCAGAUACUUCUGUGUCGAAGAGUGUGACAGCUGGAACACCUACGCCAAAUGGAGGUGAUCCACCCAUGCCUAGUACAUCUAAUGAUGGUAAUACUAUUGGAACCCCUACAGUUCUAACUCUGACAACUGGCAAGACCAGUGAAACUACACAAACACCAACACCCGCAAAAUCAACGGCUGUGGUCACCACCGUUGAUAGCUCAUCGGUUGCUGCAUCCGAGGCCACAAACGCCUCAGUUGCACAGCAGUCACAAGCAGCCACCACAGACAAACCAGCAGUACUUACCAUCACCACUACUGACUCUACCCCUACUCGAAAGCAAGAUCCCAUUCCUACAGUUGAUACCUUAAACCAACCCCAGCUGACCACAGCUGAAACAUCCCAGCUGACCCCAGCUGCAACAUCCCAGCUGACCCCAGUUGCAACAUCAUCCAGCAAAAGCGGUGUAGAGGUAUCUGACAAUCCUGACGCUGUACAGACAUCUGAAGCUUCUGGAUCCACUAAGCCAUCUGGGACUGAGGUGCCUGUCACUGUGCAACAACCGACAACAAUGAUCACAAAGACCCCUGCAGGCGGUGCAGCGGGGCAACAGUCCCUGGCUCACACCACCAGCACUUCUGAGACAAAUCAAGACGACAGCGAAGGAGGCAUCCAGAAUAAAACUGGGACAGCCACAAGCCCUGUACAGACAGCAUCGAGCGCCCCUUCUCCAGCUGGGAACCCAGGAACGACCAGUACCCCCUCCAUACUGACCACGGCUGGACCUUCUGUAACAGGUUCCUCAGACACCAAAACUGGAACUACGUCCCUGCAAACCACCCCCACCCCCACCAAAGCUACCACCCCACCAUCCACCACCAUCACCACAGCUUCCACCACCACCACAGCCACAACAGCUCCAAAGACGUUUAAGUAUUCCCUGAACAACGGACAUGAGAAUAAGGAGGAGAAAGAGCUGGUGGAGCUGUGCAAAUGGCUGCUGGUCAACUUGCAAGAUGGAAACUGCAGCCUGACGUGGAGGGACAGCAAUGGCACCAAGAAGUUUGAGGAUGUGAAGAUAACGGGGAUAGUGAAAGGCGAAUUGGUAUCCCAGCAUUAUGAAGACAUCGUCAAGGUAAAGAAACCGGCGGAUAACAAAACCCUGAUAGCCAUCCUGGCCUCUUGCGGAGCUCUGCUGAUCAUGAUCGUCAUCCUCGCUGUUUGUGCCUCCCACCACCGCAAGCCGUACAAUGAGAACCAGCAACACCUGACAGAUGAGCUGCACACGGUGGAGAACGGUUACCACGACAACCCCACGCUGGAGGUGAUGGAGGCGCAGCCGGAGAUGCAGGAGAAGAAGAUGGUGCUGAAUGGAGAGUUCAACGACAGCUGGAUUGUCCCUAUGGACAACCUGCUGAAGGAGGACAUGCCUGACGAGGAGGACACUCACCUGUAGAGACGAUCAGGGACGGAGGAGAAGAAGACAGUGGCGGGGCCCGGCUCUCACCGUAAAACAAAGAAAAGAAUCCACACUUCCUGCUCCAUGCCGGCCCCACUCACUCACCUUAUACUCCUGACCUUAGGAUUCUGUAGCUGGCGAAGACCUCCCCACAAAGAAAUACACCCUAUAGAACAAACAAGCUCCCUUUCUGCUGCACGCUGGUAUGAAAAAGUCAGAAAGAAUGAAUGACAUUGGGGAUGAAUGACACAAGAAAAAGGUGGCCUUAGGAAGAUUUGCUUCAAGUCCACUAAAUCAAUCACUGUUGUGCCUAUACCGCGUUUUAUAUAUACAUAUUUGAAGUGUGACUUCCUACAGAGCACAGUUAGACAUUUCUCACACUAAAAACUCAGAAAGUGCCCAAAAUCCCAAGAGGAUUGUGCCUUCUCUCUGAUUUGUACACAAGCACCUGUAAAUAGAGUACCAUAAUGUUAUUUUACAUAAAAUGAGAAAGAGCCAGGUGACGAUGCUCACCGAUCACUUUGCUCUGAAGGCCUGAUAGGAAGGACAUCAGAGAGGUAACAGCAACGUCAACUGCCUCGGCUGUUCUAAAGUUACUAACUUAGAUAGAUGACCUCAGGAUACUUCAGUGAAUCCUGGUGAUUUUCCACGAGGGCCUUUUGGCUACGAGGGAGCUGCCAGUAACUAGUGCAACUGAGCAUUAAACCUGGUCAUGAACAAAGGGAAUGUCCACAAAGACCCUGCUCCAGGCAGAUCGGUCUAUAGUAAUAAAACGUAUGGAGGGUUUUAAUCUGAAAUGCUCAUAUUGACUCAAAUUUGGAUGGAAAGCCCAAGGGGGCAUAAAACAAGUAUAUUUUUUUCAUAGCGUUUUAGUGUUGCCUCUUGAUAUGUGUUUUCAUGUGAUUUUAUUGCAGUCAAGGGAAAAGCGCCGCCAAAUGUUGUCAUUUGAAAAGAAGUCUUCCCGUCCCCCUUUGGCUUUCAUACUUGGAGGCUCAUGCUCAGAAUUCUUAAAGGAAAAAUCAACUAGUCACAUAUUUUGGUGAGCUUUUCCAUCCAACAUUAAAAAAAAAAACACAUAAAGCCCAGUUAUUUAAAAUGCCUCAUUUUGAUCACUCCACAUGUCAUCUUUUAGUGUUUCCAUUAUAUGUCAAGGUGAAACUGGAUGGCAUCCAUCGUGUUUGCCUCCAAUAAUCCCAUGUUGCAAAGGAAAACGGUGUACACAUAGGGAAAGUUAAAAUAGGUCAACUGUUAACCAGCGGUCCUCUACUUUAAAGUGAUUUGUGAGCUCGACAUAUGCAAAGAUUGCAAAUAGUGGCCACCUCAUGUGUAAAAAUUUAUCUUACAUGUCUUUAUGUUAAUUAAAUGGUAACACUACAGUGUCAAGGCCUGACAGUCCGCUUCAAUUCAACCUAGCCUGAUCACCGUUGGUACCCGUUUUAAUCUCGUCUCAGCUGCACAGUGGCAGGUUUCUAUCCCUAUGUGUUACCACACAGCAGCUGGAGAAGUCUGCCCCCUAUAAAAAACAUUUUAUUUCACAAGAUUAUUAGGUAUAAAAUUGUGCUCGCUCAUACCAGCUACCUAAAUACACCUGCUUAUUUCAUUCAAGAUCCACACAUUAUUCCCUGAGAAAUUAAUGAAAUGUCAAAAAUAAUUUCAUAAGGCUAAAGAAAAUGAGGGAAAUAAAAUCCUGGAUCCACCCACUUUUUCUGGAUCAGCACCAACACUUGAUGGAGUCUGUCUUGGACUGAGACCCAUCCUCUAAUCAAACUUCGUGGAAAUCGGUUCAGUAGUUUUUGUGUAAUCCUGCUGAGAAACCAACAAAUAAACAAACAGACGAGGGAGAGAUGCUAACUUCCCGGGCUGAAGUAAUAACAUAUCCUUGAAGAGUAUGGGAUGUUCCUGCUUCUGUCUCGCCCAGUCUGUUGUGACCAGCAGCUGAUGGUUUUAUAACAUAAGUAAAACAGCAACUAAAUGCUGUCCAAGUCACCAGGAGAUGUGUCCUUUUUGUGGUCAACUUCAUCUCACUCUCAGCGAGUCACUUACUGGACUGUCUAUAUAGCAACAUACUCAAGGGAAUCUUGGGAAAUGAAGGAAACCAGAAUGGUUCAUUACCCUGUAAUUACCACCACUGCAAUUUUGUGCAAAAUGUCUCAUAUCUUAAACUGUGACGGACCUUCACAACAGAGUUUUCCUCUGUGGUCCAUAUUAGUUUGGCUAAGCUGUCUGGUUGCACUAUUGGACUGGACAAUGCAAUUAUUAUUAUUGUUAUUAUUAUUAUUAUUAUUAUUAUUAUUAUUAUUAUAGGACUGAUGAUAAAAACACUAAAACAACACAGGUUGUAAUAACAUGGAGUCAUCCUUAACUACUUCUGCUUCCAUUUGUCUUAUUGGAUGUUACGAUCAUGUAUUCUUAUGAGUCAAGCUGCGAAACGAGUAGAUAGUUUCCAGUUUAUCAGGACCACAGUGUGUAUACUUAUACUCUUAUUCUGACAACUGCGUCAAGUGACUGUGACUUGGGGAAAAAGGCACAGGAAUUCUCCACAGUUAGAUGCUGGUAAUAAUGCUGGACAGAUGCUGACCUUGGCUUUUAAAGCUGAUGUUGCUGAAGAGGGAUACAUCAUUAAAUCACUUGGUGCACCUCUAAAGCAAAACACUGUAAAUAGUUGUUUUUGUCACUGAUGCUGGAGGGGUGGAGUCAUCUAACAUGUCUUGACCUGAUAUUUAAACCCUCCCAGCAGAGCCUGAGCACGUUUCUUUUUCCUCUUCCAUUUUGGAUUUUGUUCAGUUUUAUAUUUUACUCCCCUUUAAGCCAAUUAAGAAGAUAAUAUAUAUUUACCUAUAUAGUGAAAACAUCACCUUGGGCACUCCAAUCCAACUUUUCUUUCUUGUUUGUUUCUUGUUUGUGUGUCUAUAAUUUCACUUUUUUUUUUUUUAUAGCUGUGCCAUUUUCACCAAAGUUGGUUACCAGUAUUUUAUGUAUUUAUGGUUUGUUUGCUGCUGAGAGCAAAAAACAGGGGUCUGACACACUGGAAGCUGUAAAUUGUCAACCGUCUUGGCGGUCAUGUUGCUGUACCUGUUCAAAUAAAGGAAGCCUUUUUCCACUUUG